AGGCUGCCUCUCUACUGGCCUCCACGAGAGUCCCUCGGAUCGCUCUGGGCGCCCGAAGGGACCUCCCCAGGGACCUGCCUGCUCCACACCGCCCCGCCCCGCCCGGCGAGCCGCAUCAGGUGCCCCAGCCCUAGCUCUACCUGCGGACUCCAGGCUUCUGGGGCUUGCAGAGGAUGCUCGGGCCACCUGCGGUGACCUCGGGACAGCAGUGAGGUCCUCUACUCCUGUGCCAGGGGCUCCCCCAGGGGGCCGAGCAUGGUGGUUUUCCCUUGGAACCUCCUGGCUUGGGACGUCUGAGAAGAUACCUGCCAUGAGGCUGUUCACUUGCUUCCUGCAGCUCCUGGCUGGGCUGGCACUGCCUGCUGUACCCCCCCAGCAGUGGGCCUUGUCUGCUGGGAACGGCUCAUCCGAGGUAGAAGUGGUGCCCUUCCAGGAAGUGUGGGGCCGCAGCUACUGCCGGGCGCUGGAGAGGCUGGUGGAUGUCGUGACGGAGUACCCCGGCGAAGUGCAGCACAUGUUCAGCCCCUCCUGCGUCUCCCUGCUGCGCUGCACCGGCUGCUGCGGGGAUGAGAACCUGCACUGCGUGCCGGUAGAGACGGUCAAUGUCACCAUGCAGCUCUUGAAGAUCCACUCUGAGGACCCGCCUUCCUACGUGGAGCUGACAUUCUCUCAGCACGUCCGUUGCGAGUGCAGAAACUCCCAGAAUGCACUCUGCGAGGAACGGCAGGUACAAGGGAAGGAACUGAACAGAGAAAGUCAGCAGAGAACAAACUCACAGGACCACAGACCUGAUGCCACCAGGCCUCUGCGGGAGAAGAUGAAGCCCGAAAGGAGGAGACCCAAGGGCAGGGGGAAGAGGAAGAGAGAGAAGCAGAGACCCAGAGACUGCCACCUGUGCAGCAAUACUGUUCCCCGGAGGUAACUAGCGCCUCUGAAGAGAGACCCAACACCCGGCUCCUGUAUUUAUUACCGUCACACUCAGUUACCUCCCAGCUGACACCUGCCCUCUAUUUAUUAGCCAAUUGUAUCCCUGCUGAAUGACUUGCUUCCUCCAAGAUGAGGGGCAGGGAGGGACAGGACCCUCAGGAAUUCAGUGCCUUAAACAGAACGUGAGAGAAAGAAAGAAGGCAGCCACGGACCCACGUGUGCUUCAGCUGCUCAGGAAGCACACCGACGUGCGGCUUUGUGAGGGGCACGCCAGGGCCCGGCGAAGUCCCCGGAGCAGGAGACAGGAUGGGACCUGCAGCCUGUUCCGGCCUUGGGCUGCGCAGACCAGCAGCGCUGGCUUUGGGAGCUCCAAGCCCAGGCAGGGGUGGAGAAGCCUGUUCUGACGCCUGGGCCCAGGCUGGAGGGGAAGGCACCCCGGGGAUGGAGGGGCCCCUCUGCUUCCUCCUCCUCCCCCAGGCAGCAGCCCUGCACCCUGGAGUUCCGCUGGUUCGGCUCUGGAGUCCGGUGCUUGCCAGGGGGGCCUUUGCCACUCCUCACACCCUAGGUCUGUCCUGACGUCUCGCCGCUGCUUGUGCCGGGACACUGUUCUUUAUGGUCCAGGCAUAACUACCCGCCCCUCUCAGGGACAUGAGCAAAGAGGCGGCCCUAGGCUGGACGUGGAGCAAGCCGCCCCUCAGUGGCUGUCCAACUGCCAAGCCAGAUUCUCUUGAAUAAAGUAUUCUAGUCUGGAAACAGCCUUCCCAGAGCAGUGUGUCUGCCGGAGCAGCGGGCGACAGCAGCAAAAACGUGGGAGCAGGGCGGAAAAAGGAGGACGUGCUGGGGGCAGCUCCGGCCACUCCUGCGGCCCCUUAAGUGUGUUCUCCCCCAGCUGCUUCAAGCAGACCCUGGGUCCACUCCUCCUAACGUGAGGGGUUCCCAAGAUGUAAUCGUGGCCUUGAUGUGGGGGGCCCUGGCCCCAGCCACCCUGAUUACCCUCAAAUUCAAGAGCACACCCCGUUUCUCCUCCCCGCAGGGCCAUCCCACUCGGUCCAGGGCCUGGCCCCCUGGACACGGUGUGAAUCGGGGCUCCCAGGUUUCUCCCGGCCUUUUGGGGGAGAUGUCCCAGCUGCUACGUCCUAGCCGGCUCAAGCUGCUACAUGCGGGCGGGAGUCCACAGAUGCUGCCGAAUUUCUUCUUCCUUCUACCUCCCAUCUUCCUGGCCCUCCUCCUGAACACCUUGGCAUGAAAUGAGAAAAAAAAUUCUUUUUUCUUUUUU